UGGUAGAGAUUUUUGACUUAUCGUUAGUGUCAAAAAGGCCAAAGCCUACGAUAAUAAUAAUUGAAAGUAAUCAUUUAGUUGUUUAAUUUAAAUUGAGAUGGUUAUAAAUUUUUAAAGUGACUAUAGAUAGAAAAUAUCGUCAAACAUGUACAAAAACGUCGAACUUCGUAAAUUGCCAGCAGAUGUACUGUGUGAAGUUGUUAAUAUUUUAGAAAUUAAUGAUGACUGGAAAAGAUUUAUGUCAAUUAUACCUGAAACUCUUCAAAACGAAUGUUCUAAACGAAAAUACAAUAAUGACCACAUAAGAUUAAUUGAAGAGCAUGCUAAAGUAAAUAAGCAGAAAUGCACAGAGAUAUUGUUAGAUGAAUGGGGAACUUCGGGCAGAGUUCGUCCUACUCUAACUCAUCUAAAAGAUAUACUAACUCAAGCUCACAUAUACAGAGCAGCAGAUGAAAUUGCUAAAAUGCUCGAAGAAUCAUUACCUGAGCGUCCAACUCAUGGUCCAGCUGCACCGAUUACAACAAAUGUUACAGAACUGUUGAAUGAUGAAAGUAUGGAACAGAGAUUCAAUAAUAUGAGUUCAAUCAAUAAGGUAAAGUUUAAUGAAAUAUGUAAUAAAACAACGAAGCAAAUGAAAUCUGCCAGUGAUAUGAUAUUGUUUUCUGACCCUGGGACUAAAGAGAAUAAUAUAUUUAACAAAACAACUGCUCAUAUGGCAUCUGAGAGUGAUCUAAUUAAAUUCUCAAAAGAUCAACCAACACAGAUCUCUUAUAAUGUGCCAUUUCUAAGCAUUAUGCUCAAAUCAAAAAUUGAUAAAAUGUCAUCUAAAUCUGAAUAUAGUGAAUACUCAGCUUCUGAUGUAAGCUAUGAGGCGAGCAAAGGUAAUAAUAUGGUGACACAAAAUCCAAACACAUACCAGACAUCAUUUCCAAAUAUUGAUGUUUCAAUGGGUAUAGACAGUGCUAUACUUCAGGAUACCAAUUUAAUUCACUUCGAAUAUAAUGAAUUAGAAACCAUCACUGAUAACUUUUCUGAAACUCUAAAUAAUACCCCUGAGGGCUUAAAAGGGAGAAUUGGCAGUGGAGGAUUUGGUGAUGUUUUUGUUGGCAACCAUUCAAAGUAUGGAUUGCUUGCUGUUAAAAAAGCUCAUAGUCAUUUACAAAUACAUCGUAAACCUGAUAUUGCCAUGAAAGUUUUUAAUGCUGAAGUAAAGUAUCUUUCAGAAUUUAGGCAUAUUAAUAUUGUUCCUAUAAUAGGAUUCUCUAAGGACGGACCAGUGCCAUGUAUCGUAUGCGAGUAUAUUAAUGGAGGAUCAUUACAACAAAAUAUUGAAGCAAAGAUUUUGAAUGAAGCCCAAAGAAUUCAAAUAAUGAUAGGAACAGCGGAAGGCUUGAAAUAUUUACACACUAGUGAAAAACCAUUGCAAAGUAAAACAAGUGAACUUUUGGGAGUUGAAUCAGAUUCACAGAACUCAACAAAGAAUUUUGUUCAUGGGGAUGUUAAAACUGCCAAUAUUCUUUUGACAAAAGAAUUUGUGCCCAAGUUAUGUGAUUUUGGUUUGGCCAAGCAAUUUGAUUCAACAUUUCUGACAACAUGUCCAAUGGGAACUUCAGCCUACAUGGCACCUGAGGGCAUUCACGGUACUAUAACACAAAAAAUUGAUAUAUUCAGUUUUGGUAUUGUAUUAUUGGAACUACUCACAGGAUUAAAACCAAUUGUUGCUACCGACGGAGAAAACCUCAAUAUAAAACAUUAUGUUGAAGAAAACUCUGUUAAUAAUGACAUAAGCCACUUGUUAGAUCCUGUUGUUAAUCCUUGGACAAAAGCUAGUGAAAUUUAUAGUUUAGCUAAAACUUGUCUUGAGUAUAAUAGAAAAAGUAGACCUACUAUAACAGAAGUGGUUAACAUUUUAUACAGAAUAAAAAACGAUUAAUGAAUGAAUUAAAUAUGUACAUUCAA